AUGAAGAUUUUCCUCUUCUUCUUCUCCAUAAUUCAAGCUACAGUAUGCCUGACAAGGUUUACUGUACCUGAAUCCGCCCAGAUUGGUUUUCGAAUAGGAUGGAUAUCUGGGAAACAAGAAGAAUCGGUGGCUCCCAAAUAUUUCGUAGUCUUUCCAGAUGAGCAAACUUCAAAGUUCCUCAAAGUCGACGAACGCUCUGGAGAGAUUUCCACCAUUGCUCAUCUGGAUUAUGAAAAAAGGUCGAAAUUCGAAAUAGUGGCUGUUCGAGUGGAGGAAUCCGGUGAAACCAUUGAUAUUUUGGUCGAGGUGGAUGAUGAGAAUGAUAAUGUGCCAAGUUUUGCGGAUUCCAAUGUUAAGUUCGAAAUUUCGGAAUUCGCUCAACUCGGCACCUCAUUCGCCUUACCCACGGUUUCUGAUGGAGAUGGACCCAAAUUUGAUGUUCAUCGAUUUGUGAUUCUUCAAGGAAAUGUGAAUAAUGUGUUUAAGAUAACUGCUCGAAAAGUCAACGAACAGCUUCAAGCGGAUUUGUUUGUGAAUGGACAAUUGGAUAGGGAAUUUCGGGAUAAAUAUGAGCUGUUGAUUGAAGCCCAGGAUGGUGGAAAACCGGCAAAAACUGGUCAACUCCGAUGCUCUAUAGAAAUCGUGGAUGCUAAUGAUAAUGCUCCAGUGUUCACAAGAAGUCGUUACACGGCUUCAGUCUCCGCCAACGUCUCCAUCGGCUCCAAUAUCAUUACCGUACAAGCCACCGACGCUGACAUUGGAGAAAAUUCCAGAAUCUCCUAUGAAAUCAAGAAGACGUCGUCUCCAUCGAACUCGAAUUUCGCAAUAUCACCAUCUGGAGUCAUCACAACGACUUCUAGUCUUCUUCCAGCUUCCACCCAUGACGUCAUCGUCGUCGCUUCGGACCAUGGAAAUCCGCCGUUGAGUUCAUCGGCAGUGGUGACGAUAAGUGUAAUGGGAAGUACGCUAGCGUCACCCCCAUUGGAUAUUAUCUGGUUGGUCGAGUCGAAUUCCGCUGAAAAUACACUCCAAAAUCACUAUUUUCACCUUUUAAACCCACGAAACCACAUUGAAAAUCAUGGAAAUAUUUUUUCAGCACAUCUCCCAGAGAACACCACAUUAGGCUCAAUUGUCGCUCGUGUGAGCAUUGCUCAGAUGUACCGUGACACGAAGCUCCGCCUGCUGGGAACCAGCAGUCUGUGUCCCCAACAAACCGAUCAAUCUCACGUCUACCUACUUCUGCUAUGUGGAAUUCUGGAUCGAGAGACGACUUCAGAAUACCAUCUGAAGUUUUUACUUGAAAAAGAUGGGCAAAUGAUAAUUGAGCAUCCACAGCUGCUAACGAUUGGAGAUAUCAAUGAUAACGCUCCUCAAUGGCAUAGUUCCCAAAUUCAUAUCUCUUUGAAUCGAACGCAGGGAGGGUCCCGGACUCUGACAGCAAAGGAUCCGGAUUUGGGGCAGAAUGGAUGGAUUCGAUAUUCGGUGCUGGAUACGGACUUGGUUUCUAUUGAUAAGGAGACGGGCAGAAUUUUUGUGCCGAAUACGGUAGGCCAAAUAAACCGAUUAGGGGAAUUACACUUGCGGCGAGUAAGAGGGAUCGAUUGCAACAUUGGAUCCGAAAUCAAGUUCCGAGUUCGCGCCGAGGAUGGUGGCAAUCCUGCACUAUCUACUGAUCUACAGGUGAUUGCCGACCUUCUAGACUCCGAAUCCCGACCUCCACAAUUUGAAAGAGCACUUUGGCAGGUGGAGAUUUCCGAGGACACUCCAGUUGGCACUUGUUUGGUUAAGGUGGGUACUUUUUUAUUUUUUAAAAAGGGGAGGGUCUUCUGGAGUAGGAAAUUGAAUAAUUUUUGA